CCCGGAUUUUUCUCGGAUUGUGGUCGGACGGAGCCCCGGGCGUCGAAGAGGCGUUGAGCGGCGCCUCUUCGGGCCGCGGGUCGGCGGGCGUAAACUCCGGCCACGAGGCAAGAUGAUGCUGAGCACCGAAGGCGGCGAGGGGUUCGUGGUCAAGGUCCGGGGGCUGCCCUGGUCCUGCUCCGCCGACGAAGUCCAGCGCUUCUUUUCGGAGUGCAAAAUCCAGAACGGGGCGUCGGGCAUCCGGUUCAUCUACACCCGAGAAGGCCGGCCCAGCGGAGAGGCGUUCGUCGAGCUCGAGUCGGAAGACGAAGUGAAGCUGGCCCUGAAAAAGGACAGAGAGACUAUGGGACACAGAUAUGUCGAAGUAUUCAAGUCAAACAACGUUGAAAUGGAUUGGGUGUUGAAGCAUACCGGUCCAAAUAGUCCUGACACUGCCAAUGAUGGCUUUGUACGUCUUAGAGGACUCCCAUUUGGCUGUAGCAAGGAAGAAAUUGUUCAGUUUUUUUCAGGGUUGGAAAUCGUGCCAAAUGGGAUAACAUUGCCGGUGGACUUCCAGGGGAGGAGUACGGGGGAGGCCUUCGUGCAGUUUGCUUCACAGGAAAUAGCUGAAAAGGCUCUAAAGAAACACAAGGAAAGAAUAGGGCACAGGUACAUUGAAAUCUUCAAGAGCAGUCGGGCCGAGGUGCGCACGCACUAUGAUCCCCCUCGCAAACUGAUGGCCAUGCAACGGCCGGGUCCUUAUGACCGGCCCGGGGCUGGCCGGGGGUAUAAUAGUAUUGGGAGAGGAGCCGGGUUUGAGAGGAUGCGGCGUGGAGCUUACGGUGGAGAAAUCGCUCUCCUCCUAGGUUACGGGGGCUACGAUGACUACAACGGCUACAAUGACGGCUACGGCUUUGGGUCGGACAGAUUCGGAAGAGACCUCAAUUACUGUUUUUCAGGAAUGUCCGAUCACCGGUAUGGUGACGGGGGGUCGACUUUCCAGAGCACAACCGGUCACUGUGUACACAUGAGAGGUCUUCCCUACAGAGCCACCGAAAAUGACAUUUACAAUUUUUUCUCGCCACUCAACCCCGUGCGAGUACACAUUGAAAUCGGACCCGAUGGCCGAGUGACUGGCGAAGCCGAUGUUGAGUUUGCCACCCAUGAGGAUGCAGUGGCCGCUAUGUCAAAGGACAAAGCAAACAUGCAGCACAGAUACGUAGAACUCUUCUUGAACUCGACAGCAGGAGCAAGCGGUGGUGCAUACGAACACAGAUAUGUAGAACUCUUCUUGAAUUCUACAGCAGGAGCAAGCGGUGGUGCUUAUGGUAGCCAAAUGAUGGGAGGCAUGGGCUUGUCAAACCAGUCCAGUUAUGGUGGCCCAGCUAGCCAGCAGCUGAGCGGCGGUUACGGAGGCGGCUACGGCGGCCAGAGCAGCAUGAGCGGAUACGACCAAGUUUUACAGGAAAACUCCAGUGAUUUUCAAUCAAACAUUGCGGAGCCAAGGAGCCUUGAACAACAGCUACUACAAUAGUGGAAGCCGAGCAUCUAUGGGAGUGAAUGGAAUGGGGGGGCUGGCAAGCAUGUCCACUCUGAGUGGUGGAUGGGGGAUAUAAACUGAUCCUGGUCCCUGACUCUUGAUCAUCUUUUUUUUUUUU